AUGCUCUUUCAAACACGAAACGUUAAAUCUAUCUCAGUCUUUUUAUCUAUCUAUCUAUCUAUCUAUCUAUCUAUCUAUCUAUCUAUCUAUCUAUCUCUAGCAAUUCCCCCAGCUUCAUUUCCCACGAAUUCUUCAAUUUCUAUUUCGAAUUGCUGGUGUUCUUUGAUGUCUUCUCUUUCCCUCUCAUCAAGGGACGUUCUUUUGUACUUCUUCGCGUUUUAUGACCUAUAUCAAUUGCUUAUCUAUCUAUCUAUCUAUCUAUCUAUCUAUCUAUCUAUCUAUCUAUCUAUCUAUCGAUCUAUCUAUCACAGUUCAUAUUCAUCUAUCGCAGUUCAUAUCUAUCUAUCUAUCUAUCUAUCUAUCUAUCUAUCUAUCUAUCUAUCUAUCUAUCACAGUUCAUAUUCAUCUAUCGCAGUUCAUAUCUAUCUAUCUAUCUAUCUAUCUAUCUAUCUAUCUAUCUAUCACAGUUCAUAUUCAUCUAUCGCAGUUCAUAUCUAUCUAUCUAUCUAUCUAUCUAUCUAUCUAUCUAUCACAGUUCAUAUUCAUCUAUCGCAGUUCAUAUCUAUCUAUCUAUCUAUCUAUCUAUCUAUCUAUCACAGUUCAUAUUCAUCUAUCGCAGUUCAUAUCUAUCUAUCUAUCUAUCUAUCUAUCACAGUUCAUAUUUAUCUAUCGCAGCUCAUAUCAAUCUAUCUAUCACAAUUCAUAUCUAUCUAUCUAUCUAAGCCUGUUCAAUAUCUAUCUAUCUGUCUAUCUAUCUAUCUAUCUAUCUAUCUGCCUCGCUUCAUAUCCCGCACCUCUCGUCUGUGGAACUCCCUUCCCUUCUCCUGUUUCCCUGCCGAUGGCAUGCCCGCUAAACUCCUUCGUCUCAUCAAGGGCUAUUACUGGUCGAAGCGAGCUCGUGUUCGUGCUUAUGAUGAGGAGUCGGAGACGUUUGAGGUGAAGACUGGUGUGCGGCAAGGGUGUGCCCUGUCCCCUACCCUAUUCAACUAUACAAUCGACUACAUCAUCGGCAAGGCCUUUCGGGAUUACGCUGAAGUUGCGUAUGACCCCCCCACCACCACCACUUGCCCAGACACUAUCCCCGUCGGAUCUGCCACUGCCAACCCAGUCAUCAGAGGUAGCACUAGACAUGAUAGAGACAAAUUAAAUGUUCACGACCCAGCUAUCUUCGCCACUAAAUUACGGCCGGUUUUCAUGCGGAAGAUGUUUGAGGCGAGGAAUUUUUUUUUUUUUCCCCGAUCCUCUCCUCACUUCAUUCUGCUGACAUUUACUUUGUCUCUUAUUUCGUCUGCUUUCUCUUUCUUUUUUGACCGUUUCUUUCUUUUAUCUGUGUUUUCUUUCCUUUCUCAAUUUCUUCUUUUUCCAUUAUCAUCAUCUUUUUCUAUUUCUAUUAUUCCUUUUUCUUCUUUUUCUUUGUCCGGAUUUACUUUUUUGCUUAUUAUUAUUUCUUCUUUUUCAUCUUCUUCCGUUCUCUCUUCCUUUUCUGUUUAG